AUGAGAGACAUUUACAUGCACCUGAGUAAGUUAGAAUUAGAGGAUAGAAACAAACAUAAGUGCACUGAUAUAUACCCUCAAAUUAGCAGAGAUUUCUUCGAAGCGAUUAAAAAAUUCCAUGAUUACAACUAUAACUAUAAUGCUUUACGGGAAAAUCCGGAGUGUACUAAACAUGUCAUUCAUCCAGGGAGCAGAACAGUUAAGGGGACUCCGCAGUACGGAUAUUCAUGGUCAUGUAAUGAGUGUAAGACUUAUACGAAUGAAUAUUGCAAAGAAUUUAAACAGAAAUAUAUGAAGGACGGUGAAACCUGCGACCCACUGGAACUACCAAAACUAACGUGUCCACCUGUAGCAGUCAAACCAGCCACUGCUGCAAAACCAGCAACCACUGGAACUUGCAAUCCAGGUUCCUGUCCAAAUCCUAAUCCAAAUCAAGCUGGUAGUAGUGGCAGUUUUAGUGAUGCUGAUAGUGGUGAUGCUGCCAGCAGCAUCGCCCCUGCUGCGGUCUCUGGUGGACUGGCUACAAUAGGAAUACCAGCAGCUCUUUUCUUUUUAUAUAAGGUAAGAAUUGUAAUUACAGUAGAAUUAUAUAAAAAUAUUUAUUAUUAUUUCUUCCUUAUUUAA